AUGUCAUUCCCAGGCAAUGCUCCAGAAAGCAAGGAUAAAACACAUGCAAUCCACAAGCAGAUAGGAAUCCUUGAGGUCGUACAAGUCAUCCUUGACUUGAACAUUGUGAUCUCUUGGUGGGUAGAGACUGGUUUCUCAACUCAGUGGUGCUUUGAGAAUUUCAUCCAGCAUCGAUCGAUGAGACGGGCGCGGGAUGUUCGUGAUCAGCUCCAGGGACUCAUGGAGAGAGUUGAGAUGGAGAUUGUGAGCUGUGGUAUGGAUAGUGUCGUUAUUAGAAAGGCUGUAACUGCUGGUUUCUUCUACCAUACUGCACGCUUCAGUAAGGGAGGUAACUACAAGACAGUCAAGCACCAACAGACAGUCAUGGUUCAUCCCAAUAGCGGUCUCUUUGAAGAACAACCAAGAUGGCUCAUCUAUCAUGAACUUGUCUUUACAACCAAGGAGUUCAUGAGACAGGUGAUAGAGAUAGAGAACGGUUGGUUGCUAGAGGCUGCUCCACACUACUACAAGGCCAAGGAACUAGAGGACGCAUCAAGCAAGAAGAUGCCUAAGGGCGUCGGCAAGUCAGCCGGUAACUGAUCGGAGUUACACAGAAGACUGGUAUUAUUGGAGGACCAGUCAUGGGGAUGAGUAGUGCUGGCCAUCAUCUGGUAUCGUUGAGAUGGGACUCACUUAGGGCGCGUUCAUGCUUGAUUUU